CUCUCCACAGACAUAGUGAAGUUAUUUUACACCGUACUGUCUUCCAGUUUCUGAGAAGAAUGGCUUCAAAUGCAGCAGACAAUCAGAGACAGCGUUCAAAAAAGUCGAAACAAACCAAGGACACAUUACGUCAUGUGAGAUCGAAAGAGACCAGAAGACACGGCGAAAACACUGGACCGUCAACUGUUUACGUGCAGGUUGUCGGAGCCGGUAGCCGAGACAAUGGGGCGUCACUGUAUGUGUUCUCAGAGUACAAUAGAUACUUGUUCAAUUGUGGAGAAGGGACCCAACGGUUAAUGCAAGAGCACAAACUGAAAAUAGCCUGCCUGGAUAACAUUUUCCUCACACGAAUGAGUUGGGAGACAAUUGGGGGCUUAUCAGGAAUGAUACUGACGCUGAAAGAUACUGGAGUGCCUGAGUGUGUGUUGUCUGGACCUCCUCAGCUGGAGAGAUAUCUGAAUGCCAUUCGAGUGUUCUCGGGACCACUUGAUGACAUUAAACUGGCGGUGCGGCCAUACACUGAGUCUGAAUACAAAGAUGACACCAUGACAGUAACUCAGGUACCGAUAUUUGCUGAGGGGAUAGGAGAGGGGCCACGGCCUAACUCUGGCCGCAGCAGCAGCCUCACUGGCAGUUCCAUCCAGAACCAGAGGAGGGAGCUGUUGAAGUUUGAGGACUCAGAAGAGACUCAGAUAGAUGGCAAGGAGAGAGGAGAAUCUAGUCCAGAGAGCAAAGGGAAAGUCACCCGAGAUAACUCUUUAGUCGUUGCCUUUGUUUGUAAGCUGCAUCCAAAGAAAGGGAACUUUCUAGUCAUGAAAGCUAAGGAACUUGGAUUACCAGUUGGAACAGCAGCCAUUGGCCCCAUUGUUGUUGCUCUGAAGGAUGGCAAAUCUGUCACCUAUGAAGGAAAAGAGAUUCGACCUGAAGAGGUUUGCACACCGAUCGACCCGGGUCCGGUUUUUCUCGUGGUCGACUGUCCUUCCGAGGAGUUUGUUCAACCCCUCUGUACUAAUCACCUGCUGAGCAGAUAUCAAAGCGGCGGUUCAGAAGACCCUGCUGUCCUCGUGGUUCAUAUGACGCCUGAAUCAGUGCUCAAAACGGAGGGGUAUAAGAGUUGGAUAGAAAAGUUUCCACCCAGCACUGAGCAUCUGAUUCUGAAUGAACAAGUGUGUACCGUGCACAACGCCAGGAGCCAGAAGAUCCAAACCCAACUUAACCUCAUUCAUCCAGAAAUUUUCCCCGAAUUAAAACACUACAAAACCAAGGAAUCCCAGGCUGCUCUGCACGUUCCCAAUGUCAGAGCCGAGUGCUUGUUAAAGUUUCAGCUGCGACCCAAGCUCGAGUGGCAAAGAGAUGCCAUACCCUCCUGUGACGUGGCAGAGUUUGUGAAGGAAGCAGAAGAAGUGCCAAACUUUCUUCAGGAAGUGGAGGAAUUUAAACGGUUCCUAGCCACUGAUGAAACCGUGCGGUCUGGGCUUGUGGAAAAAUAUCCGGAGGUAGUGUUUCUGGGGACGGGAUCUGCCCUUCCGAUGAAGAUCAGAAAUGUUAGCGGUACUCUGGUGAACAUCAGUCCCACUCAGUCAUUGUUACUGGACUGUGGUGAAGGUACCUUUGGCCAGCUUUGUCGUCAUUAUGGAGACAGUGUUGACGAGAUGCUCACCAAACUAUCCACCAUUUUCGUCUCCCACAUGCAUGCAGACCACCAUACGGGGCUGUUGAAUUUACUCCUACAGAGAGAGAGAGCUUUGAACAGUCUUGGAAAAGCCUUCAGCCCAGUUUACCUAGUGGCUCCAGUCCAGAUAAUGACCUGGCUAAACCAAUACCAUGACCACUGCCAGGAGAUCCUCAGUCAUAUCAACAUCGUCCCGGCCAAGUUCCUGUGUGAUGGAGCUGAGGUCCCAAAAUACAAAACCAUGUCCUUCAUCCAGGCCCUGCUGAAGAAAUGUGACCUACAAAAGUUUCAAACUUGCCUGGUGCGUCACUGUAAGAAUGCCUAUGGCUGUAGUCUCCAACAUCAGUCUGGUUGGCAUCUGGUCUUCUCCGGUGACACCAUGCCCUGUGAUGCCCUGGCACGGAUGGGGAAGAAUGCUACAUUACUUAUUCAUGAGGCUACUCUGGAGGAUGGGAUGGAAGAUGAGGCUGCAGAGAAGAGACACAGCACAACAUCCCAAGCCAUUGAGAUUGGGAUGAAGAUGAAUGCUGAGUUUAUAAUGCUGAACCACUUUAGCCAGCGUUAUGCAAAAAUCCCUCUGUUCAAUGCUGACUUCAACGACAAAGUGGGAAUCUCUUACGACCACAUGAGGAUCCGACUGGGACAUUUCCAGGUCUUGCCCAAACUCAUCCCUCCGUUGAAGGCCCUGUUUGCGGAGGAGAUUGAGGAGAUGGAGGAGAGGAGGGAGAGAAGACAGAUGAGGGUUACGGGCCCUGAGCUCAACGGGAUUUUCGAUGCAGGGGAGACUCUGGGCAGAGGAGCCAAGAGAGAACAGGAGGACUCACAGGAAAUACAAAGCAAGCGAGUGAAAGCUACAUAAACUCCAGUGACAACAUUCAAAGGACUAGUGGCUUGUUUUUGUUUGAGACUGAUAGCGAAGGGGUUGUGUGAUUAUUUCUAACCGAGAUUUUUC